AUCCGCCCUCCCUUUUCCUCCUCCUUUCCUCACCUACCUCAAGAAAGCAAAACAUAACACCUUGCUGAAAGUAGAUUGAUCAGCAGAAAUGGUCUUGGGAUUCCUCUUUGCCGGUUUCGGUGAGCUUCUGCUCUUUGCCGCUACCGCCCUCACAAUCCUGGUCAACAUGGGCCAGCUCACUGGCAAUGUCGUAUCGCGGAACAUUUACAUCACCAGCAUCGACGCCCGUAACAUUGGCACCUCACUGUCGAACACGACUGGAUCCACCACUGCUCUCUUUGCGUCCGACCAGUCUGUUGCAACAGGCUCCGGUGAGGGUCUUAAGCUCCAAUACUACUGGGGUCCUUACAGGCAGUGUGGAGGAGAGGGAGUCAACUUCCCUCGAGGCUGCAGCGACUCUUACAUCGGAUACCGAUGGGAGCCCCUCGCGACUCUGGAAUCUGAUGCUUCGCCCACCAUCAGCUCAGAGAUUGCCGCUGCCAUCCCCAGUGGCUACGUGACCGACAAUGACCGCCUGGGCCUCCUUUCUCGAGUUGCCAACGUCAUCCUCCUCGUCGGUACCAUCCUGACCGGUCUGGCCUUCCUGACUGGUUUCCUCGCCCACCGAUUCUGCUUCGCCUUUGCCGCUCUCGAGUGUCUGGGAGCCGCUGGAUGUUUGGCAGUAGCUGCAGCCAUCUGGACAGCCAUUCUGGUUAAGACCAGGGAUGCUGUUCCCACUGGUGUAGAGCUCGUCAUCCACUACGGAAACGGUCUGUGGAUGACUUGGGCUGCCUUUGCUGCCGUGGCCGUGGCCAUUGUGCCUCUGCUGCUGGCAUGCUGCGUGGGUCGAUCCAAGUACUAAAGGAAACGGACAAGUCCCUACCCGACUCGGAAUCCGUCAAGUACCCGACUAGCCAACUUCUAGCGAUCAUAGAUGCCAACAUUUGUUCUACAGAAACAGGAGUCGCGGGGAGGACGGAGCGAGAGAAGGACAGCAAGGGCCCCCAGUGAGAUGGGAGGAGUGAAGGCUCGCUCGGUCCGGUUUUCCCGAUGAUACCCUCUUUUUUCAACCGUCGAGAUUGUAGGCAAAGGGUGGCAGGAGGGGUGCGCAGGCAGGGUCGGGCCUAUCGCGCCUUCCUGCUUGUUCCCCUUUUCCCGCCCUCUUGUACCUCAAUCGCCUUCCUCUCCAGCCC